AUGGCUGGUAUUCUCGAUCUCAGUCUCGAACUACUGCACAUGGUAGCGGAGCAUAUCCGCACCCCAAUGGAGCUAGCACGGCUAUCACGCUCCUGUAAGGGAUUGCAGGUUGCCUUCUCCUUUGACUAUUGGAUCCUCCACGACGCGCGGCAUCAUCGAACCAGCGUCUUGCCCAACCACGCGGUCGGGUUUGCCAGCGAGCAGGUGCCGCUUUUGAUCCGCGCUCUUCGGUGGUGCGUCGACGAUCAGGUCAUCAAGCGCGUGGUCGACAUAUACGCCAAAGAGUUCCCAGCCUCAUUAGAUGGACACUGGGGCCGCCUGCGCUUUAAUGUGUUCCCGCUGCACCAGGCGUGCCUGUACCAACAUACCGGGAUCGUGGAGCACAUGCUGCGCAAGGGAUGCCGGGUCGACAUCCGCGAUAUAGGCUUUGCUGCUACCCCCCACUUCGACGGACUGAGUACGUACUGCGGGGACUACUUCGAUGCCCUUUUGUUCUCCGUGGCCAUUCGCAAUUUGUCGAUGAUGCUAACACUGAUCAAGGCGGGCCACCCUGUCAGUAUGUUUCACCUCGGGCAUGCAUCGCAAAUGAGGGCGUCGCAUACCCUUGGUGUAUUGCUGCGCGCGUAUCGUAUCAACCCUGACUUUGACGCAGGCGAUUCGGACUUCGAUUACGCACUACAGUACACUAGUAUGGACGAAGACAGCGAUGGCAAUGAGAGAAUCAUCAAUCAGCUGCUGAAGGAGGCGCCAAACAUAGGAGCUGAGAGCCUUCUAAGCUAUGUAGAUUCUGCUGUCACUGGUAACUGUCCAAGAAACGCAGUCCAUUUCUUUCAUCACUUGAUACAACGUAAUGGCCCGACUUUACAAAUCUGUCAGAAAACGUUGAGCAUUGCGCUACGAAAUGGCUGUGAAUGGUUGAUACGAGCCAUUCAUCCCAGAUUUACCAAUUUCUUGAUACUUGCGAAUGCCGACGACUGCGAGACAAGGAGGGUAAGGGCCUGCGCCUGUUUGUUAAGAAUUGCACUCAUAUCCGCCAAGAAUACCGCAACAGUCAUCCAACACCUCCCAUAUCUUCUCGAAGCUGGAUGUAUACCGGGUCCCGAUCAUCUCUGUAUGGCGCUCGACAUACCGGAUCCGUCUCCUUACAUUGAUGUGCUCGUGGAGCACGGAGCCGACGUAAACGGACACUCAGCCAGGCAUGGUAUGCGGCCUCUGGCCCGUGCAAUUAAGGAUUUUAACGGCAGGGUAGUAUUCAGAUUGCUAUACCAUGGUGCCGAGUUAGAGACAUUGGGGAAAUUGAAAGUUCAGGCCUCCCUGCUCCGGUGGUACUGGUGCACGUUCGGCAACCCUUUAUGGGUGAGAAACAAAGGCGUGGCAGAUUUCGUUAAAAAGGAUGAGCAAGAGCCACCGAUGAUCGACAGAAGGACCUUUGACUGUAGCCGGACCAAUUUGUAUGAGCAGUUGCGCAACAUGUUUGACAUGCUCCUUGGCCCCAUCCACCCCUUGAGUUGA